AUGGCCGGAGCCCCCGCGCUGGCCCUGCUCCUGAUCGGGCAGUUCCUGGCUGUGACCGAGAUGCAGAAAGUGGGACCUCGAGGCCCCCCUGGCCCCCAAGGGCCUCCUGGAAAACCGGGCAAGGAUGGCAUUGAUGGAGAAGCUGGUCCUCCAGGUCUGCCUGGACCCCCGGGACCAAAAGGGGCCCCCGGGAAAGUGGGAAAGCCAGGAGAGACGGGGCUGCCGGGGCUGCCUGGCGUGGACGGUCUGACUGGGCGGGAAGGCCCCCCUGGCCCCAAGGGUGCCCCUGGAGAACGGGGAAGCCUGGGACCCCCAGGGCCACCUGGACUGGGGGGCAAAGGCCUCCCUGGACCCCCCGGAGAGGCAGGAGCCAGCGGCCUCCCGGGAGGAGUCGGCCUCCGGGGCCCCCCGGGACCCUCUGGACUCCCAGGCCCCCCGGGCCCCCCGGGACCUCCUGGACCCCCUGGACAGCCAGGGGUCCUCCCUGAAGGUGCUGCUGACCUGCAGUGCCCCGCCAUCUGCCCGCCAGGCCCGCCCGGCCCCCCAGGAAUGCCGGGGUUCAAGGGACCCACAGGCUACAAAGGGGAGCAAGGAGAAGUUGGCAAGAACGGCGAGAAGGGUGACCCCGGCCCUCCUGGGCCCCCUGGCAUCCCAGGCACCGUGGGGCUGCAGGGCCCCCGGGGACUUCGAGGACUGCCAGGACCACUCGGGCCCCCUGGGGACCGGGGUCCCAUUGGGUUCCGAGGGCCACCAGGGAUCCCAGGAGCACCUGGGAAAGUGGGUGACAGAGGUGAGAGGGGCCCAGAGGGGUUCCGCGGACCCAAGGGUGACGUUGGCAGGGCUGGGGCCAAAGGGAUCCCUGGACUCGCUGGGCCUGCCGGAGAGCCGGGUAUGCCGGGCAAGGACGGCCGGGAUGGCGUGCCAGGGCUCGAUGGAGAGAAGGGAGAGGCCGGCCGCAGUGGCAGCCCUGGAGAGAAGGGACCCAGUGGGCUGCCGGGACUCCCGGGACGAGCAGGGCCCAAAGGCGAGAAGGGAGAACUGGGCAAAGCUGGAGAACUGGGCGAGGCUGGCCCUUCGGGAGAGCCAGGCAUCCCUGGAGAUGUGGGGAUGCCAGGGGAGCGUGGUGAGGCCGGCCACAGGGGUUCGGCGGGGGCUCUUGGCCCACAAGGCCCUCCAGGGGCCCCUGGCGUGCGAGGCUUCCAGGGCCAGAAGGGCAGCAUCGGAGAUCCCGGCCUACCUGGCCCCCAGGGCCUCCGAGGCAGCAUGGGUGAGCGGGGCCCCGUGGGAGCCGCAGGUCCGAAGGGAGACCAGGGCACCGCCGGCGUCGAUGGGCUUCCUGGGGAUAAAGGAGAGCUGGGUCCCAGCGGGCCUGUCGGACCCAAAGGAGUGUCUGGUGAUAGAGGCGAGCUGGGGCCCAAAGGCAAGCAGGGUGCCAAUGGCACCAGUGGUGUUCAGGGGGUCCCAGGCCCGCCUGGCCCUGUGGGCUUCCAGGGGCUGCAAGGCGUCCCCGGAAUUACGGGGAAACCAGGCAUUCCGGGGAAAGAAGCCAGCGAACAGCACAUUCGGGAGCUGUGCGGGGGCCUGAUCAGCGAACAAAUCGCACAGUUAGCCGCUCACCUGAGGAAGCCUUUGGUGCCGGGAUCCAUUGGGCGGCCCGGUCCAGCUGGCCCCCCGGGCCCCCCAGGCCCCCCAGGCUCCAUUGGCCACCCCGGCGCUCGAGGGCCCCCUGGAUAUCGAGGUCCCACUGGAGAGCUGGGAGACCCCGGACCCCGAGGUGACCAAGGUGACAGAGGGGACAAGGGCGCCACUGGCGUCGGCCUGGCCGGGCCCGAGGGAGAUCCAGGGCCGCAAGGGCUGCAAGGGGUGCCUGGCGCUAGCAAAGACGGUCGGGACGGCGCUCACGGUGAACCCGGGCCUCCUGGCGAUCCUGGCAUUCCCGGCGCCGUGGGUGCUCAGGGAACUCCCGGGGUCUGUGACACCUCAGCCUGCCAAGGAGCUGUGUUAGGAGGGGGCGCAGAGAAGUCGGGCCCCAGAAGCUCAUGAAACGCGUGAGGAGGUGACCUGUGACUGACGGUUGAAGCCACGUGCUCUGGGAGGUUUGCGGCCAGCUCAUUACAUCCGGAAAGCCCUCCUGGCCUGUCCCCUCAGCAUCAUCCAUGGCAGCUGCCUGGACACUGGUCCCUGAAAGGACCCUUUAUCAGCUAUUGUCAAAUUAUCCAUUCAUCUGUGACAUCAUACGUCAAACACAGGCCCCGUGUGAUACGGUGGUGACCCAGCACUGCAGGGGGAUGUACAGUGUACAGAAGAACUUCUGAACAAUUCCACGAGGUCAGAAAUACUCGGCAACUUGUUUACAUAGCACUGUGUGAAGACUAUGAUAAAAUCCCAAUAAAGUGAUAUCUUAAAGCUUCGAUGACUAGAUACAGUGUAACGAGAAACCCUAACACCCCCUUCUCUCCAGAGACCUAGCCUGAGUCACCUGCUCUGUCUUGUGUACAGACUCACAGCUGUCUCUGACUGACAGUAUUUAUUGAAGGUGACUCUGUAUGGCACCAAAGUCUACUGCUAUUGUCGACUGUAAUGAAU